AUGGACGUAAAGGAUGCUAGCAGGACGUGGGAGACGCUAACGCAGCGGUAUGAUACCGGCAAUGAAGAAGCGCAAGUCCGCAUAGACCUGAUCGUAAGGUUACGUGCGAUAAUGAAGGAGUAUCAUGAGGCUCUCCUGCUGCAAAGCGAGAUUGCAAAGCUGAAACGGCCCAGUAAACGCGCCCAUGACGCUUAUAGACAAUGGUUUAAUAAGAAGCCAUACCCCGCUCUUGGUGGACAGGCGAAGACAUUCCUAGAUGACUUGAAUGACCUCGAAGAGCUGUCUCGGGAUGGACUUCACCGCGUAGGAAGAUUCAACGAGAAGUCUAUCUCUAUCGCAGUUGCCGUUAUUAACGUCCUUGUAGCUGCGGUUCUCUUGGUUGGCUCCAUCACGGGCCUCUACUUCGUCACCAACGAUGCCGCUAAGCUUGGCAUGAUUGCAGCUUUCACGGCCGCGUUUGCUUUGAGCGUUGGUGUGAUGACGAGUGCGAGACGAGCCGAAAUAUUUGCGGCCACUGCAGCGCAAGUUGCGUCCCCGUUGUUCGGUCACAUAAAGCUGAUUGAAUCUUAG